AUGUCACAGGCUUCAGAUCUUGUUGGUGAUUCAUUGAAUGAUUCUCUCAGUCUCCCUAUUCCAUCAAGUGACAUAAAGACUGAGUUAUUUGACAAUCACAUUAUUCUUAAUGUGCAUAACUCUGCAGCCAGCAACUCUUUGCUUUCACAUCCAGGAACCCAAAAAAUCAUAGAAAAAAAAGAGAAAGAUGAAAACUGGAAAAUCUAUCUUGUCAGGUACACAGCAAACGAUCCAUGCAAUCCUAGAUGUGAUCUCCUCUACAAAGACCAUUAUCAUUGCCAAGUAUCUGGUUGUGGUAUGACUUACAGGUCAAAAGAUGGAGUCAGAGAACAUGCAAGAUUCCAUGAGCUUCAAGACCGAGUCAGUUCAAUGUCAUAUACAUUAUAUGAAGAAAAUGAGGCUUGUUCAGAAAAAUGUCAAUUUAAUUUACAAAGUAAACACUAUCAUUGCAAAUGGCCUGGUUGUAACUUGAGCAUUCCUCACUCCAGUGAAAUAUUUGCACGACUGGAACAUUACCAUAUGCACCAUAAUUGUCAGAUUGUUUCCAGUAGAUUUGUCAAAUAUCCUCUAAUUAAGCCAGAAGUUGAUGUUGCAAAACCUCGUCGAGGCCGUCCUCCUAAAUACCCACGUCUGGACAUCCCAUUAAUGUCCAAAGUUCAGUCGAUGUCCACCAACAAGCAAAGCUGUGAUCAAAUCCUCUGGGACAUUCUAUCCUAUUUCAACAAUCCCUACCUGCCAGACACGGCCUCUGACCUCCUUAACUCAGCCACAGAGUAA